AUGGCAGACAACCUCAGCCGACGAGUCAACUUGCUGAACCUCAUGAAGGUUUAGGUGACAAGAUUUGAGUCCCUACCAGAUUCUUACGCAGAUUGCCCGAACUUCGGCCACAUUCUAUGAGCACUUUCAAAUGGUCCAUCCCAAGAUCAUAAGGACUUCCUUUUGGUCAACGGAUGUCUGUUCUUUAGGAGAAGACUGUACAUUCCACACACAUCCCUCCGUGACUUCCUCACUUACGAAUGUCACGCAGGUCUAUUAAGUCAUUUUGGUCGCAAUAAGACCAUUGCAGCGAUCGAGUACCAAUUCUACUGGCCGACCCUCAAGCGCGAUGUAGGGAAUAUUGUCGCUCAGUGUCAAGUGUGUGCACUCGCCAAGUAGGUAAAGAAGAAUGCUGGACUCUACACGUCACUUUUAAUGCCACCCGCCCAUGGGACGACAUCAGCAUGGACUUUGUUUUGGGACUCCCACGCACUACACGAUGACAUGACUUGAUCAUGGUGGUCAUUGAUAGGUUUUCAAAGAUGGCACACUUCGUGCCAUGUUUGAAAACCUCUGAAGCCUCCAAGGUCGCUAGCCUCUAUUGUAGAGAGAUUGUGCGCCUUCAUGGACUACCUAACUCCAUAGUCUCAAACCAUGACGUACGGUUUACCAGCCACUUCUGGAGGACUCUUUGGAGCUUACUUGGGACUAAGCUCAAGUUCUCCACUGCUUACCAUCCACAGACUGACGGCCAGACUGAGGUCGUCAAUCGUAGCUUAGGGAAUUUGCUUCGGUCAUUAGUUGGCGAGAGCUUGACCACCUGGGAUCUGAUCAUAUCACACGCCAGUUUGCCUAUAACUUCUCGACCAACUGUACCAUUGGCAUGA